UGCCAGGGACCCAGCGGCCACGCGAAGUCGUUCUGCGGCGGCGGCGGCGGCGGCGGCGGCGCCUGGGCCCACGGCGGAUCCGCGGCUGGACUCCACGGCGGCGGCGGCGGCGGCGCGCGCUCCGGCGGCGGCCGUCGCGACGAGUCGCGCGCGCCGUUUGCGACGUCGAGGGGCUUCCAGUGGCUCGCGGCGUCGCCGCGGACGCGCCAGUACCAGCCCGGCUGCUGGCCCGCGAAGACGCCGACGGCCGCGGGCGUCGUCAGGCGCGCCGUGCCGUCGGAGACCUCCAGCAGGUCGCCGACCUGCGCGCCCGCGGGGACGACGAAGUGGCGCGCGACCUGCGGGGCCGUCGUCGACCGGUGAGCCCGGGUCCCGAGCGAGCUACGAGGGGCGCGUCGACGGCGCGGCGCGGUUUUGAGUUCGGCACGGUCCGCGACCGUGCCCUCGGGCAACCGGUACUCGCAGCGGUCGCCGGGCGCGGCGCCGUGGGGCACGCGCACGACCUGCGUUCGAUGCGGUAUGUUAGGUGGCGUCGGCGACGGAGGCGCCGCGGACGUCUGAUGUGGACGCCGCCCUGGAACCACGAUCCGCUGCGUCACGCGCGUUGUGGCCGCCUCGGCGGCGGCCGUCGCGCCGGCGAGCACCGAGAGGCCGUCCAUGGGCGUCUACGAAUUAGCGCGCGCCGCCGCGUCGAGAUGCGCGGCGCGCAUCGAGGAGUUACCCGUGUUUAGAUUAGCGUGGAGCGAGAGGGGAGCUCCACGGAGAGGUCUUCCCGUGUUUAGAUUAGCGUGGAGCGAGAGGGGAGCUCCACGGCGGUCUUGCGCGGCGGGGGGAGCCCCGGGUGCGCCAGGUGUGUGUAUGAGGCGGCGGCCUGCGGGCUGGCCAAGGCCGAACGCGUUCGCCCCAGGAAUGGUCGGGAGACAGCGGCGUCCACGCCGGGGGACGCGUGCGCGGUGCGCGUGUCCCGAGCGUGCGAAUGCAAUGCAAGGUGCUGCCGUUCCUGCU